UAAAUAUAACUACGGGAACGGAACACGAAAACCCGGUGGGGGGUAACUCUCCACAUUGAUUCAGUAUACACUCGUCUUGGAAUCAGUCGGUGCGAUGCGCGCGCUUUUUCUACCCGUCACCGCGCUUUUACUCUUCCAUUAUGGGGACGCCGCUCGCAUACUCGGCCUCUUUCCCCACACAGGCAAAAGCCAUCAAAUGGUAUUCGAGCCUUUACUGAGAACGUUAGCGGAAAGGGGCCAUCAUUUGACCGUCGUGUCCUUCUUCCCUCUGAAAAAUCCGCCAGAAAACUACACCGAUGUCAGCUUGGAAGGUAUCGCUGCAGUUGGAGUCGAGACUAUCGAUUUGGCCUGGUUCGAAGCGCCCAAAGGAUUUUUAAAGUUAACAGGAGUUAGCACGAUUAUCCAGGUAUUGAAUGCAUUCGCUCCACUGAAUGAGAUGGCAGUGAACGUUUGCUCAAAAUUAGUGAGCUGGCCACCGCUAAAUGAGAUCUUGAGGAACGAAUACGACGUGGUGCUGGUGGAGAAUUUUAACAGUGAUUGCAUGCUCGGUCUGAUGCACAUCUAUGGAAUGAAAGCGCCGAUCGUUGCAUUGUCAUCAACUGGUUUGAUGCCGUGGUCGGCCGAACGUAUCGGUGUUACUGAAAAUCCAUCGUACAUGCCAGUACUAACGUCGACCAUAAUAAAUCCGUACUCAUUCUUGGAGAGAUUACAAAAUACGUUCCUGAGUUAUUAUUAUAGAGUGUGGUUCAAAUAUGCAGUGCAAGUAAAAGAGCAAGAGAUUAUUGAGAAGCAUUUUGGUAGAAAGAUUGUGGAUUUGAACGAGUUAGGGAAGAAUACGUCGCUUAUGCUGGUGAACCUAAUUCACAGUUUGAAUGGAGCCCGACCCUUGCUACCGGGAUUAGUGGAAGUUGGUGGGAUGCACUUGGAUGAAACUGUGAAACCUAUACCGCACUACAUAGAAAAGUUCCUGAACGAGUCGGAGCAUGGUGUUAUUCUACUGAGCUUUGGCUCCCUGAUAAAGACAUCCACGAUACCAAAACACAAGGAAGAGAUGAUAAUAAGAGUUCUCUCUAAGUUCAAGCAGAGAGUCAUAUGGAAGUACGAGGACAGUGAAGAAGAAGGCACUCUUGUAGGAAACGUAUUGAAGGUCAGAUGGAUACCACAGUACGAGUUAUUAAAACACAAGAAGGUACUCGCGUUUAUUGGACAUGGCGGUCUGCUCGGUAUGACGGAAGCGGUAUCAGUCGGGAAACCAAUGCUGGUGGUGCCAUUUUACGGUGACCAGCCAACCAACGCAGCGGCUGCUGUCUCCAUAGGCUUUGCCAAGAAAAUCUCAUACGCUGACUUCACCGACGAGUCUCUCUUCGAAGCUAUCCAAAGUGUUCUGAGUGCUGAGAUGCGGCUGAAUGCUCGUCUGGUCUCCAAAAUGUGGCACGACAGACAAUCAAAACCCUUGGACACAGCAGUGUACUGGGUGGAGCGUGUGAUCAGGUGGGGUCAUAAGGACCCACUACACUCCCCUGCAAGGGAUUUGAACUUCAUCCAGUUAUCGUUGUUGGACGUGGGUGCUGCUUUUGCUGUGAUCAUUAUCCUAUUAGUUUUAAUUUUAAAGGCAUUCGCGUCUCUCAUAUUACGCGUUAUAAAAGUUAGUUUACAUGUAAAGGAGAAGAAACAUUAGAUAUUUUUUAUCGAACUCAAAACAAUUCUAAGAUAUUUGUAAAAAUUGUAAAUAGUGUCUAAAAUAAAUGAAAACGCAGUUAUAUAAAUAAACAUUUAUCAGUUAUAGAAAGUGUUUAUAAAGAUUUAAAUUGCUGGAGUAAUUUUUUAAUGGCUAUAGUUUAGAGAUGAAUAGGCACAUCAUGAAUAAGUAUUCAAUAGGAUUUCAUUUACUUUGUAUAACUCACUAAAUUUAAUAUGCCUUUCACGAUGAGAAUGGUUAAUAAAGCAACGAAUAAUUUUUUAUGUGAUAUCCAUUCUCGUAAAGAUUGUAUUGUA